UUUCAGGGGUGCCCAACUGACACAAGAGCCACCAUGAACGUGGGAACGGCACACAGCGAGGUGAACCCCAACACCCGUGUCAUGAACAGCCGCGGCAUCUGGCUGUCCUACGUCCUCGGAAUCGGCCUGCUGCACGUCGUGCUCCUGAGCAUCCCCUUCUUCAGCGUCCCCGUGGUUUGGACUCUCACUAACAUCAUUCACAACAUGAGUAUGUACAUCUUCCUACAUACCGUGAAAGGAACUCCUUUUGAGACGCCAGAUCAGGGGAAGGCUCGGCUGCUCACGCACUGGGAGCAGAUGGACUACGGCGUGCAGUUCACGGCGUCCCGCAAGUUCCUGACCAUCAUGCCCAUCGUACUGUAUUUUCUAACCAGCUUUUACACAAAGUAUGACCGGAUACACUUCGUAAUCAACACCAUCUCCCUAAUGAGCGUCCUGAUCCCCAAGCUGCCUCAGUUUCACGGAGUCCGGAUCUUUGGGAUCAACAAGUACUGAACUGCGUAGACGGAGCGCGUGGAAGAGGAGCAGAGGCGAGGGGAAGUUCCUUCUCUCUUGCUCUGUUUCUUCACCCCCAUGCCCACUGGGAUCUGAUUUCACAGCGGCUGUUUAAAUGCAGUACCCAAUAGACACACACCGCAUGCUGGAUCCUCAUGCCCAAUAAAUCUAAACAAGCUCCAGAGUAGAGUUUAGCGCGGAGCAGGAUACAUGACGCUGGAUUUCUCUUAUACCAGCGUCAUAAAUAGAUGGAGAUACACUGAGACUUCAAGGUACAAAGAGGAUGAGUUAUGGGAAGAUCAUCGUCUAUCCCAGGCAUUGAACGGCGAGAACAGGGAUGAGGGGAAAAGCUUUUAGUGCUGGUACUAUUGCUGUGGUAAAUGCACUUUAACAAACAUUUCCCUUUCUGAAGCUAGGUGCUUUACGCGAUAUGUGGGGAAGCUCAAAGGGAGACAGCCAGACUUCCCCAAUAGUUGAUUGUUUGGGGGUUUGAGUCCCCUUUUGGGGCAGGGGAGGAGAGGGAGGGGGAACAGAACGACAGAUUUGUAUUCUGAAAUCUUUUACGCCACUGAGAAAGGAAGUUCUUUUACUAAAAACAGUACAGGAAAGAAUCACCUGCAGCUUGACAAAGCUUUCAGUUUUCUGUGGUACCAUUCGCGUGGUUCAGGGAAGAUGACCAGCUCCUAAGCUACAGUUGUUACUUGCAACUUGUACCAGCAUUUGUCCGGGUAACUUUGCUCCCAAGCCCAAACCACUAAAAUUUUAAAGCACGCUGAGCACUCAGGCAGUGCAGCGUUUGGAUUAGAGGCCAGGCUGCAGCUCGUUUUAAUGAUUAACUACAAAUGCCACUGAGGUACUUGGUACACGGCCAUUGCAUGAGCUUGGGAGAAGCUGCCGACUGAUGGGUAGGGGCCAAGCGAGAGAUGGACGGCUGCCCGAUACCAUCAGCGGCAGUAACUGGAAUUUUUCUCCUCCAUCCAUCUCCUUGGUCUCUUAGGUCUGCGUACGCGUUACUGAGCUCUGCCAGGUCUCACUGUGGACUUAACUCAGCAUGCGAGCCUCCACGUGGCAAACAAGUGCACGAUGCCUGACUGCCGCCUGGCACGCAGCACCACGCACAAACACCGCGGCAGCAGCCCCUGGGCCCAGGGUGACGCUGCCAAGGGUGAGGGAGCUGCAGGAGGGCGACGCUAACGAGCGGCACGCUGAAGCGACCAAGAGAAGGGUGUUACGGGGCACCGAGGACAACAGAUGAUCUGGUAUAGGAACAAAAAUGAGCCUUUUCCCCCAUGAAAGUACCACCUGAAUGAAAAAAGGUCUGCAGGUUUAGACUUCCUGGCUGAGAUGCCUUUCUGCUCUUCAAAGCAAUCGGUUUUUCUUUUGGGUCGCGUGCCCGAUGAAAUGUUUUUCCUCAUGCUUCCCCUGUAAACUUAGGAAAGCCUGUAUUUUUUGUUGUCUUAGUGCUUAUAUUGUCUCACACUGACAGCGGUAGAAACUUUUUAAAUAUGCUGGUUUUGUUCCUGCGUUAGCUAAGCCUAGCUUGAGAAGUCACAGUGGAUACUGAAUUGUUUGAUGGUCUGAGCAUAGGACAGAGGAACUCCAGGUUCACACGUAAGACCCAGAACUACUCCGUGCGUAAUUUUAGGCAAGCUGCUUUACCUCUCUGUCUCAGAUUAACUCCCAGACUGCUGCAGAGAAGGGAGAAAACACUUAGCAUACCUCAGAGGGAUGCUGGAAUGCAUAGAGAAUCAUUACCUAAUAUGUUUGAAAAACAGAAAUAUUUUAAGUGAAAACGAAGCUUUCGAGAAAGUAGAAAGAAGAUUUCAAGAAGGUAGAAGGAGAAGAGCCUGGCUUGAUAUUUGAGUGCUGGGAGGGGGGUUUAAACCUUUUAACCACCACGACAUAGGGACUGCUGCUUUAGUUAAGGUACUAUAUUCCCUAAAGCUAAUAUACUCCUUAAGCUACUAGACAAUGAUUUUGGGGGAAAAAAAGUGUUUUUGGAAUAGAACUGUUUUGUCAAUCAGCUGAGUACUUUUGAAAUUAGUAAGAAAUCAACAGCACCAAUGCCUGGAAUGCUUACGGAAAGACUGCUGCCCUCAGAGGUGCGGCACUUGCUGGUAACAGGGUGGCUAAGGCCGCAUCCGUAAGGCAGACUGUGCUGCUCAGCAGAUCUGAAUUCCUGACAGCACACCCAACAUCCGUGCCCAUGGUGAAUCUCCAGAAGGAAGAACACUAUUCAUUUAGGUAGAAAACGAGGCGGGGGGGGGGGGAACAUCAGCCUUUUAGCAACAAAAACAGUAGCUAUACCACAGGUGCUUGUGCUUAAAAUAUUAAUUCCCUAGAUACAGACAUCUACUGGUUAUUUCUAAGUAUAUGUGCUUCACCCAAAGCCAGAGCAGCUUUGAUAUUUUUGGCAUAAGCACAAAUUGAAGGCAGAGGAUCAGCUUUCUUCCAAGUACAGCGCUGCAGUUGCACCAAGCGCCUUGGCAUUAUAACAGCUGAGGAUCUGGAUAUUUAUUAUUUGUGCUGUUAACUGACACUACGGACACUUGACUGCAUUUUGUUAAAUUAAAGCUCAUCACUAAAACAACAGAGGAUGAAAUUCCAAAUUUCUAGGAAGGGCAUUUUUUAAAGCCCAGAGUCUAAAAUGUUGGGCAAAGCCUUAAUUACAAUAGCAAGCUUUUAUGAUAUACUUUAUUGACACCGAAGUGAAUAAAAUAGCCAUUACACAAGUGUCCAUGUUUGGGGUUACAUGGCAAAUGACAUUCUUUCCAAGGCAGGUAUAGCAUUUUUUUGGUCACAAAAUAUCUGAAGUUAACUCGGACUCAGACAGUUAAUCCAAUCAAGUGAAAUAUGAAUGAAAACUGGAGAAAUACGGACAGAACUGAGAGCAAGAGCUGAAGAAAGAUUUCAUGUUAAUAGUACGGUGUAUUGAGUAGCUUCAUUAGAUUUACAGUUACUUGAACAAUUAUUGAUCUGAUACCUUCCUUAAGAUCCCAUCUUAAGGGUAGAUAGAAGAAUUAAUCAAAAUAGAAAAGGAACCAUAAAAAAAGCUUUGGGUACUGCUGGUCAAGCCACCUUCACGUGAGUUUUGUGGCUGGUUCCUUCCUGCCAGUGUCAUGGGAGCGAGUGGUACCUGACCAAGCUUCUAGUUAAGUUUCUUUGUUGCAGUGGUGUGAAAGUAAUGAAUACAGUGCUGGGUGUCCUGGAAGUCUGUACUGAACCCACUUCUGGGUUAUUUCUGUUUGCUAAAUUCGUGUGGAAGUGAGUUCAGUGCUUGAAGGCUAAUCUUGAGCACACAGAAGUUAAUGAACUUAGUCAAAACACUAAAAAUCUCAUGGGGUAAGUCAUUUCUGAGAAAAGGGACAUUGGAACAGCACAGGCAGGAGCAGGGGGUUUUAGACAGAUGUUUGCAGCUGGCAUAGCGAUGAUCCAAGGGCAAAGCCUACCUUGUGUGCUGAGAGUCAGAACGGGAGCCCAGAGACUGUCCACUCCUUCUUUUAGGCUGUAGAAUUUUCUCCGGUACCUCUGUGAAGGAGAUAAUUCAGCAUUACGGAUUUUGAACAGGAUUUUCAUCACAUUGCACUUGACAGAUUUUCCCCUUGAACUUACGCUGUACUAGGAUAAACUUCAGCUGGAGAACCAAGGUGGACUCCUUGUGUGACUGAGAAACAAUGACUGGACAAGUAGGUACUUAAAACGCUUUUCUUUUUUGUUCUGCGAUGAAUGCAGGAGAAAAGCUUCCGAAACCCACCACUUGAGCAGCUUCCAGGCACUGGCAAGAAGCCAUCCCUCCGCCUGAUCUUGCGGGCAAGGCCUCCUCUAAGCCAUCGUUAAGACAAUGCACCUAUUAACGCCAUGUGGAAGCCGCUGCACCAGGGAAACGAGGGAACAAUCAAGUGCUACCAGUUGGUGAAUUAGGGAAUCCUGUCUUGCAAUUCCUUUAACAGAGCUAACGGAUGUCACGCAGUCCAACCCUUCGCAGGAAAAAAAAAAAAAAAAAGCCUUUAAAAUACAAACAAAAGCCUGAGGUCUCGGGCUACUUAAUUCUCGAGUCCGUUUUUUUAAUUCAUUGUUUCGUUUUUGGUUUGUUUUAACGGAAGGUUGGUACUGGCCCUUGAAAAGGGGACAGCAGUUGGGUUACCGUUAACGCAUUCAUAUUUCUUACCGUGACUUACACUGCUUUUUCAUCGCGCAUAAUGUAUUUUAAGCAUGCGAGAGUUCGUGUAUCCUCCCUGGAUGAAUUUAAGUGAGCUAAAUUAGUUUUGUUUUUUUUUAAUGGAACAUUCUGACAUUGUACAUAGUUUUAGGGUUGUUUUGGUUUCUUCUCCCAGUAGCCCUUCUUUUUGCUGUGGAUACCGAAGUCUCAUGUAGAGAACUUUCUAAAAUAAAAGUGUGAAUAUUUUUAUUACUCCUUUGUACAGCAUUCUAAGAGAAACUAAUAAAGUAAGUAUUCAUGUAAAA